AAAUAUCCAGGUUUAAAAACAUGUAUUAAAAUUGUAUUUAAACUCCCUUUUCUAUUGGGCUCCAAGAAAGUCGUUGAAUUAAUUUCAGCACGCAUGCCAAUAUUGCAAUCUAAAAUGAAAUAAUCAAUUGUUUAGUCUGCGUUUCCAGAAAUACUGAAAAUAUUUUACGUAUCUACAAAAAAAUCUUAAAUCACUUAUCGCGUGUAAAUUGCCACCGAAAAUCGAAGACAGUUUAAGGGUAGCAAACAUCCUGGGAUGGUUUCAAUUUUUCUCCCGCGAUGUAUAUAGCACAUUUUGUCUUAUACGCAUCCCGUUCCAGGUGUGAGAAAAAAAUAUAGUUAGCGACUUGGUAAACGCAUUUCACUGGAUGAAAAAUGCAUCAACAUUUAGCAAUACGUUUGUAUUUCUUGAAAUGUGUACGAAAUUUUUUUAUAUUUUUCAAGACCAAAAGUACGUUGUAUGAAUAAGUAGACGCAAUUUCAAUACGAAUAAUCCAGGUGAAGAAUUGGAAGAGAAAACGUGAAAAAAAGAGUAGUAGUGAGAGAAAGUCGCUGUUGGCCUGAAUACCUUCCGUCAGUAAAAUUCAGCUACUUGACAUUGUCGCAGAUUGACAUUAGGUUUCAAACCGUACGCUUCGGAGGAUCCCGCUACUCGUCGAAAAUCGGAAUUUCGUUUUUAUUCUUUCGAUUAGUGACAAAAUGUACAAUUUGUGAUAUUUCGAGAGUUCCAACAAGCCCUGUACAGUCGAGAGUUGUUAAGUUUUUGAACAGAAAAAGAAAGCAAGUAGUCGGGCUACUUGUAACCUUAAAAAUGUGUAUUGAUCGUUAGAAAAACAUUUGUUACCGCUUUUUUAAAAUUUAUGUAUAAUUGUAGCUGUAAAAACUACGCUGUGAUCGUCGAAUAAAAAAAAACGAAACUUUCAAAAUGUAUCAAGAAAUGCCAGAGUACCGUUUGUUGGAUGCUGGAAAAACUAAAGAAAUGUUAAAAGAUUUUAAAGGCGAACGAACCGGUUGGGUGCAAGUUGGUAAGAAAAAUUGGCUUUUUCCACAUAGGUAUACAGAACAGGGAAAAGGAUUUUUCAACUUUCAAGUCAGAUCAUCGGAUAUUUGGGUCAUGUCCUAUCCACGUUCAGGAACCACAUGGACCCAAGAACUUGUGUGGCUGAUUGCAAACGAUUUGGAUUUCGAUACAGCGAAUUCACGUUUGUUGGCGGAAAGAUUUCCAUUUUUAGAGUUUAGCAUGUUUAACCAUCCAGAAGUGACGAAAGAGUUGUUAGAGAUGAAUAAAGACGAUUUGAAAAAACAAGAAUUGUGUGAAGAAAUUGCAAAACCCGGUUAUGAAGUUCUAGCCAGUUUGCCAUCUCCGCGAUUCAUUAAAUCUCAUUUUCCUUUUAGUUUGUUGCCUAAUCUUUUGAAUAGUGGGUGUAAGAUAAUUUACGUGGCAAGAAAUCCAAAGGACGUUGCCGUGUCAUGGUUCAAGUUGAACCAAGCCUUUAGAACACAAGGAUAUGAAGGAGAUUUCCCAAAAUUUUGGAACUAUUUUCGGAAUGAUUUAACCCCAUGGAGUCCUUACUGGGAACAUUUGAAAGAAGCGUGGGCUAACCGAAAAAAUGAAAAUUUGUUAUUUUUGUUUUACGAAGAACUGCAACAGAAUUUGCCCGAUGUAAUCACAAGAGUUUCAAACUUUUUUGGAAAAAGCUACACCUCCGAUCAAAUAGCAAAAUUGAAAAGUCAUUUGAACAUUCAAAACUUUCGCAACAAUCCAAUGAUUAAUUCGCAAGAAUUAAAAGACUGUGGUAUUAUAAAGCAAGGAUCCGAAUUCAUAAGAAAAGGUGUAAACGGCGGCUGGAGAGAUUAUUUUGAUGAAAAACUCGAAGUUGAAGCGGAUGAAUGGAUUCGAUCGAAUCUUGCAGAUACCAAUCUUGAAUUUCCCCUUAUGAAUAACAAUUGGUUGUAAAAUAAAUCUGUUUUUUGCAUUUUUCACCAAUGGGCAAUUCGAUACACAGAUGAUUAAUAUCAUGAGUUAUUAAUGUACGGUUAUAUCAGCGUGUUUAAUUUUUUUGUAUAAAUGCAGUUUUUAUUUAAAAAAUGUAAUUUUAGUGCACUACGAUUAAUAACAAUUUUAUUUUUACUUUAUAUAAUACUGCAUUUUAUUUUACAAUGAGCGAAUUAGAUAAGCUAUAUUAGCGCAUAGUUCUUUAUUCAUUUUUCAAUUGAUUAUUAUCAGCCCAGCCUAGGAUAAGAUGCUAUUCAAAAAUGUUUCUUUAUUAGAUCUUGAGAGUAAUAUAUUGUAAAAUUGUUGAGAUAUGAAAAAUAGUAAAAUAAAUUAAUUGAAC